AUGUCCUACACCAUCGCCUCGGACCCGUCCCUGUCGCCGCCCAACGGCCCCGCCAUGAUCUCUUUCAUGCAGUCGUUCUACGCCACUAGCGACACGGAGUCCCGGCACGACGCCUACGUCGACAGCUUCACGGACGAUGCGACGCUCAUCAUGGGGUCUAAGAUCGCGCGGGGGUCGAGUGAAGUCCUCCCCCUCCGCCACGGUCUCUGGACGCACGUCGCGUCUCGGAAGCACUUCCCGGAGCGCAUCUUCUUCGGCGGCGCGAAUGAGCUCAUGCUCUUCGGCACGGUCAAGUACGUGCUCAAAGCGGACCCGAGUAACGAGGUGGAGGUGCCUUGGGCCGGGAGGGUCGUGUUCGAUAAGACGGAGGGUGAGGCGCUGAAGAUGAAGUUUUAUCAGGUGUACCUGGAUCCGACGGCGCAGUCGGGGAAGUAA